UCUAUAUAUACUCGUCCAUAUAAAUAUAUAUAUAUAGAGAGAGAGCAGCCAUGGGCUGCGCCAGCAGCACUCCGAUGGUUGCAACGGCUGGCAGCGAAAUGCUAAAAGCUGCCACACAUGUGGCAGGCGAUGUCCAAAAGCAAGGCGAAGCGGCAGUUGCAGACGCCACACAGGCCAUUAGCUCGACCGUGGACACGGCCAAGGAGACAGUCAGCACAGCCGUGGCGGGCAUUACCAACGAGCUGGGCAGUGCGUUCAGGGAGGGCAGCGAAGCACUGGAGGAGGCCAAGCACAAGGUAAUGGAGGGCUUGCACCUGGAGAGCAAGACGAACGCUGAGAAUACGGAGACCAGCUCAUCGAGAGCGCCGACACCUGCUCUGGAGCCGGACGGCGAUAGCUUGAAGACCUCAACGCCUGAGCCAGAGAUCGAGAGGGCGCUGGCCAACGAGGAGGAGGCGCCGCCCACGCCCAAGCCCUCGCUCGAGGAGCUGGCCGAGCUGAGCGCCCAGGCGAGCGAGGCGAGUGUCGUUACAGUGGUGGCCGCUACAGUGGUGGCCGAAACGACAGGCAAUGCGGAGACGAAUGCAACCGUGGAGACACACACACACACCGACAACACACUCCCCUGCAAUAGUCAUUGGCAGCGUAAGGGAGAUUCCGAGCAGGAGGAACAGCGUCGCCCCAACACCACCGAAUGGGAAAAGCUGGCCGAUAUGCUGGCCAAGGGCCAUAGGUUUAGGCCCUACGAGAGCUUUGCCCGCAAUCAAAAUCAGUUUUCCGUCUACAAGGACUACACGAGCCUGAGGGAUAAGCCCGGCCAUUACGAUGGACACUUUAGUGACGGCACCUCGCUAUCGAGCACCCAGUCAGACCUCUCCAGCGGCCACUUGACACCAGCCCCGCCCAAGGGUCAGCGUGACUAUGCCAAGUUCGUGGGCGCUGAGCAGCCGACGAGCGUGUCGCGUGCCAGUUCCAGGCUCUCAAAUGUGGGCGGGGCUGGCACAGCCCCUCGAGCCUUCGACUAUAAUCCACAACGUGAGCGCAUCAAUCUGGGCACGCGAGGUGCCAGUCGCGUGGAGUCGGCGCGUCGCUCCCUGUGGGCCAGGAGCCAGCCCGACGUGCUGCCCGAAGAGCCUAGCUAUAGUCCGGUGAGGCGCAGCAGCUUGGUCGCAGCACUGCGCCCAGUCGCCGAUGCACCACAGCGGCCAAUGAGCAGAUCCACCUCAAACCUGCAGAUGACGAGAAAGCAGAGGGAAGAGCAAAGGGACGCCAUGCCGGGCAGCCGAAGGCACUCCGAGGUGAACGCAGUGAGACCCAAGCAGAAGGAGACCAAAGCAGCGCCACAGAAACCCGCGAGAUCGAAGCCCACAGCCACACAGCCUGCUAAAGAGACCAAACCACUUGCCAAACCGCCAACUGAGUCCAGGCCUCAACUGGGUGCGACCUUCAAGUCCGCGUUGGACUCAUCGCGCGACAUCAGCUCGGCGCUGCUCCUGACCACGCCCUUAACUGCCACCUCACUGCUGCACAGCCCUAAAGCUGACAGCGGCAGUAAACCGCCAACGCCCACUGUGGCACGUGCCGGCACUUUUGUGGUGGAGCCGAAGCAAACGCCAGCUGUCACGCAUGCCACACCUCUGCGACAGGCAACUAGGACAAGUGCUGGCCUUAUCGCAGAUGCCACUGAAUCCGAGGAAGAGCGUGCACGCAUCCUGCCCGAGUCGAGCACGGCUAUGACUCAACGGACACUUGCCUCGCCUGAACGAACACCGCCAAAUGCUGCCUCAGCCGUGACCAAAUCUCUUCAAUCCCCGUCCGCAUCGCGUGCCCCGUCGCGCCUCUCCUCCAGCAGCAGCGGCACGGAUGUGGUCAUACAGCCGCUGAGUCAUCUGAACACGCCCAGCGCCGUUUCGCUGUCGCCCGAUGUCGUUGUCACGGAAUACGAUGACAGCGACUUGGAGGCGGCCUUGGCACAGCUCGCCGGUAGGCGUGGCUCGGCUGCAGCCUCCCUGCACUCCCAGCGCUCGGCCACGCGCAACUCGAACACCUCCACCGUGCGCGACUCGCGACGCACUUCACCCUGGCUCCGGCGCAACAUGGACAACUAUUGCAGCCAGGAGCUGAAAACUCAUACAAGCUGUGGCGCUCUGGGCGUCUGCUCCUCCGCCCAGGGCCAAGGUGCCGGGCACCUGCUCGAGCGUUGUGAAAUCUGUUGUAAUGAAUUUGUGAUGAAUUAAUUUAGUGAACUAA